UCUAACGAAUUCUCGCACAUCUUGUAAAACUGCUUAGUGAUGUAGAACUUAGUAUUUUAUUCAUUUUGGCCAAUAAUCAGUAACCAACUGCCCCGUGUCUCUUUUUCAAGUGGACUCGAGUAUGCAGCCGUGGUAUUUGUGUGAUUUAACCAAUCUUCCGGCGAGUUUACACCGCUGUACAACUGCUUUUUACAAUUGCCGCCUUCUUACAAUCGGGUAGCUUCAUAUGAUUUUUGACUUGAUGAUACAAAGUUGCGUCAAUCGUUCAAGCCUUCAUACCAUCCCCCUAUUUGCCAACCAAUCUGUUCAAUUGCAUCUGUCGGUUAAUUGCACUACAGGUCUCACUUGCUUGGAAGUCUGGUUCCCGGUAUAACCAAUUGACUUUUGCUCCAAUGCAGGUCACUAAUUUCCGACAAAAACAUUGCCAUUACGGUACUGGUUUACGGAUCUUGCACGCGAAAACUUGCAGGAAAUUCGUUGCUGCUAUCGGCUACUUGUAAUGACAGCUCCCCCAAAAAGAUAUAUAAACCAAUACUGAAUACCAUUUGCAAUAUCGACUAUUCAACACUAUCAACAAUACCUAUUAGCUUUUAAUAGUUAUUAACAGAUUUUUCUGUCAAUCAUCAAGUUCGCGAUUACUUUUCAGAUUACAAUAUGACCACCAACAAGAUCACCUUCUUGCUAAAUUGGGAAGCUACUCCUUAUCACUUACCUAUUUUCCUGGCGCAAAGUCGUGGCUACUAUCAACGUGAAGGCAUUGAAGUUUCCAUUUUGGAACCAACUAAUCCUUCAGACGUUACAGCCUUGAUCGGUUCCGGAAAAGUGGACAUGGGAUUGAAAGCCAUGAUCCAUACUCUUGCUGCUAAAGCUCGUGGAUACCCCGUUACCAGUUUUGGGUCCUUACUUAAUGAACCAUUUACGGGUCUCCUCGUACUGAAGGAAUCGGGCAUCAAAGACUUUCGCGAUAUUAAGGGAAAACGCAUUGGCUACGUCGGUGAGUUUGGAAAGAUCCAACUCGAUGACUUGACUAGUAAGUUUGGCAUGAAGCCUUCUGAUUACACGGCUAUCCGCUGCGGCAUGAACAUUGCAAAAUACAUGAUCAGCGGUGAAAUUGAUGGUGGUAUUGGGAUUGAAUGCAUGCAACAGGUGGAGCUUGAACAAUGGCUCGUCGCUCAGGGUCGUCCCCGUAGUGACGUCCAAAUGCUUCGUAUUGACCGUCUUGCCAACCUUGGAUGCUGUUGCUUCUGCACCAUUCUUUACAUUGCUCAUGACGACUUUAUUGCCAAGCACCCCGAAAAGAUUAAGGCAUUCCUUCGUGCCAUCCAUUCUGCCACUCUCGAUAUGCUCAACGACCCCGUCCAGGCAUUUAAGGAUUACAUCCACUUUAAGCCUGAAAUGGGAACUGCGUUGCAUCGUGAACAAUACGAACGAUGCUUCGCUUACUUUUCGCACGACAUUUCCAACGUUCCCCGUGACUGGAAUAAGGUGACCGCCUACUCUAAACGCCUUAACAUCAUUCCUCAAGACUUCCAACCCAACUGUACCAACGGCUAUUUGACAUGGCAACUCGAUCCUGACGAAAAGGACCCUAUGGGCAAGCAAGAGGCAAUUGCCGAAAUUCAAGACACCAUUAAAGAAAAGGGUGGUCUUUUCAAUGGUAAUGCACUUCGCUAUGUUGAGCCCGAAGACUUAUAAGCUUCCAACAUCUUUGAGUAACUAAAUGUUGCGUGCAUUUGUCCUGUUAAGGCUUAUGCUUGCACAGCAUGAUUUCUCUUAUUUGCUUUUUGAAUGGACUCGUCUAUGUAUACCAGAUAUCUUGUAGUAUUAAGACAAGUUUUGUCUCGCAUAUGCAAAUACAACUUUGCAAUUCCUAUGUAAUUGAAUGCCAAUUGAUUCUUGAUUCUCUUUUUUAACAAACAUCAACUGCUAAACUAAAA